AGUCCAGCUGUUUUUAUUCCCUCGGCCGUUGGCUGUUAUCAGACAGUAUCCCGUUAUCGCCGCUCUAUAAAGCAAACUUUUGAGAAUAACCUUUUUUUUUGAAGAGUAAAGAGAAACGUACCUUCAUGUGUUUGCUGCAGUGACAAUGAUGGCAAGUAGGGGCAGGCUGAUGCCCUGUGUGUGUCUGGGGCUGUUCGGUUUCCUGUGCUGGGUAUGGGUCUCCUUUGCGUCCUUUCCAGACGAUCAGCUUCCCCUGGAGGCCUUGGAUGCAGUGGACCGUGGAGCCUUUCAGCCCCAGAGUGCUCUGUCAGAGAUGGAGUUUGCCUCCGUCAGUUCGUACAGAGGACCGGGCAACAGUGACCGCCGCAGCAACAAGGAGCUGCCCAUCAUCCUCUGGUGGAGCGGGGGACUGUUCCCACAUUUUCCAGGGGACACUGAGCGCAUCGACUGUGCCACGUCCUCCUGCCUGGUCACAAGUAACCGUAAGGUCCAGCUGUACAAGCGGACAGCAUCCAUCAUCUUUUAUGGGACAGACUUCAGGGCAUAUGAGGCACCGCUCCCUCGUCUCAGCCACCAGACCUGGGCACUGUUCCAUGAAGAGUCACCCAUGAAUAACUACAUCCUCUCUCACGGACCGGGAAUCAGGCUAUUCAACUACACUGCCACGUUUCGCAGGGAGUCUGACUAUCCUCUGACCCUGCAGUGGCUGCCCUCUCUCGACUACUUGCUGGAGCCUGCAGCUGUGUCCCUGCAGGAGAAGAACCGCCUGAGGAGGGAGGGCCUGGCCCCUGUGCUCUACAUGCAGUCUCACUGCGAUGUACCAUCAGACAGAGACAGAUAUGUCAAGGAGCUCAUGAAGUACAUCGAGGUGGACUCCUAUGGGAAAUGCUUGAAUAACAAACCUCUACCUGAACAUCUGGAGGACACGGCCACUGCUACCGGCGAGGAACCCAGAUUCAUGAAUUUUGUAGCACGCUACAAGUUCCACCUGGCACUAGAGAACGGCAUGUGUCCGGAUUACAUGACAGAGAAGCUGUGGCGGCCUCUCCAUCAGGGCUGUGUGCCUGUCUAUCGAGGCUCCUCUGUGGUGGUGGACUGGAUGCCCAACGACCACUCUGCAAUCAUCAUAGACAACUUCCCCUCCCCAAAAGCUCUUGCGGACUUCCUCAAACUUCUCGAUAACAAUGAUGAUGAAUAUGCAAAGUAUUUAGAGUUUAAGAAGCCCAGUCAUAUUACCAACACUCGCUUGCUGGAGGCUCUAGAGACUCGUGAGUGGGGGGUUAAUGACAUGAGCAAGCCUAACUACCUGAAUGGAUUUGAGUGUUACGUGUGUGACCAGGAGAAUGCGCGACUGGCAGCAGAACGAGCAUACAGGAAAGCACCUAAGAAGAACCAACCUCCUCGGCCUAAAAUGGCCGAUAACUCUCACAUGGGAUGCCCCCUGCCCAGCCCUGGGUACGGAGACAUCCAACAUUUACCUGCAGAUGAUGGAUGGUUGCAAAUAUGGCCUCAGGAUUACUGGCAGAGCCUGGACCAAGCAGAGGGGCUGGAGUCUCUGAUAAGACAUAACGAGUCAGACCCUUCACUGCUGUGGAAGCACAUCCAAAACAUAGCUGUGAGCAGAGCCAGAGGAAAACACUGACACAGGCCUUGAAACAGAGGAUGGAGCACAUCCAGGAUUACAGGGGUGUCCCACAUUAUGCAUCCCUUCUGUUUCAAUGAGGACACGAAGCAGAAAUUUCUCAUAUUUUUGUAUCUGAGCCAAAACUCCUUUACUCUUAAGAGCAGUUUAGUUCUAGCAUAACAGAUUUUGAUAUUGUAUUCAGCUGAUGUGAUACUUUUGUCCUUCAUUCCAAGUUCAGUUAUGGGAAAAUAAUGUUUUAGAGUGCUGUAUGUUAAUAUUUUCAAGUUGUUUUAUCACCAUAACUGAGGUGCCAUCAUUGCCCUUACUCUGCCUUGCAUUGUUAACAUUAACUGCAUGCAGUGCAGUUGUUCCAUAGAUGCACAUUCUCAUGGGAGGCACAUUUUCAUUGGACUGGGGCAGAGCCAAAGACUUGUCCUCUGUACCAAGGGAGCUCUGCCUAACUGUGUGUGAAGACCAUCAAGACAGUAGCCAAUGAACUGCACUAGCUUCUUUUACAGUUACUCAGCGGGUAGCCGAUGGUUAUUAGCUGAAGUCACAUUAAUGUACACGGCUAUUCUAAGUGACUAUGCAAGGGAAAUAUUAUCCCACCAAGGAGAGGAGGAAGGCAAAUGAAAAGUUAAGCACAACUCCCAGUGGGAAAUCACCACUGCAUCUGUAAAGUAGUUCUCAGGAACAGCUCAUCUAAUGAAUUUCUGUGGUUGAUACUUCAUACUUUUGCUCUGUAUGCUGUUACAUGAUGCUAGGAUCAUCUUUA